AUCGCAUCUUUUCUGGGCGUCUCAUCUGCAGAGCGAGCGCUAUGUCCGCGGAAAUCCCCGAGGCAGCCUCCGCGGAGGAGCAGAAGGAAAUGGAAGAUAAAGUGACUAGUCCAGAGAAAGCUGAAGAAGCAAAAUUAAAAGCAAGGUAUCCUCAUCUGGGACAAAAGCCUGGAGGUUCAGAUUUCUUAAGAAAACAGUUACAGAAAGGGCAAAAAUAUUUUGAUUCUGGGGAUUACAACAUGGCUAAAGCGAAAAUGAAGAGCAAGCAACUUCCUGCUGCAGCCCCGGAUAAGACGGAGGUCACUGCUGACCACAUUCCCACUCCACAGGACCUUCCUCAACGGAAACCAUCCCUUGUUGCUAGCAAGCUGGCUGGCUGAUUAAAAGCACUGAACUGCAUGAAUCUUCUAACUCCCAAUAUUUCUCCUUAAUAUGUUACUUCUCGGCAUUUUGUUUCCUUUCAUUCACUGAGUCAUUUGAGACUGACAGCUUUGCAGGUAGUGGUAGUGUGUGCUGCUAUUGUAAGGGGAUAUAUAUGUGUAGAGUUUUGAUUAGUUUAACAGUGCACUGAUGAAAGGGACAUGUUAGAACAACAUAAGGUAAUCUACUUGAAAAUAAUUAUAUAUAUUACCUAACU